AUGCGUACAAUGAUCAGCGAGCUCAUCGUCGGUCUAUCGUGGCUAUUCUGGGUCGUAGAGACGGCAAAACCGAAGUGCGACUAUCCCAGCGAGCAAAAGGUCAACACCUGCCUGCAGCCGAUGCUUACCUUUGCCGCUCAACUCCAGAGCGACACAGGCAUGCAGCUCCCCGUGCAGGGGAGGGAAGUGUUCACGCAACUCUGCUCGAUCUACGCUGAUUUCAAGGAUUGCGUGAAGGGCGUCGGGUGUGAUUCUCUUUCAGAAGAUGCCGUUGAUGCAUCAUAUGGAUAUAUGUGCGGCAGCGGUCAAUCAUUGUUCGAAAAACACGCCGCCUGCUUUGCCAAGGUUGAGACGGAGAAGGAGUAUAUCAGCUGUAAAAUCGCGGCCACCCAAGCCAUUGCUGAGGCGCAGAAGAACAAAGCCACUUCAACGGAAGCUUAUCUAUCGGAUAUGUGCCGGGCUAUGGAUGGGUACUUGAGAUGUUCUCACCCAAUAAUUAUCGCCCAUUGUGGACCGGAAGCAUGGAAACUUGUCUCGACGGUCACGCGAGAUAGCCUUGGCGUGACGAUGCCCGAUUGUGACAUGCAUUCGGCACUCCUA